AUGGAUGAGGUUAUUGUGCCUAGGAGCUUUAGAUUGUUGGACGAGUUAGAGAAGGGUCAGAAGGGGUUGGCUAGUGAUGGUGUAUCCUUUGGACUACAGGAAGCGGAUGACAUAACACUAACCAAUUGGUCAUGCACGAUUUUGGGUUAUCCAGGAACAAACUUUGAAAAUCGUAUUUACUGCCUCUCCCUUAUAUGCGGAGAUAACUACCCUGAUGAGCCUCCGAUUGUGAAGUUUUUGACAAAAAUUUCGCUCCGAUGUGUCGAUCCCCAAGGCAACGUUAUAAAAAGUCUGUGCCCGGUUCUUGCUUCUUGGAACAGAAAUUUCACAAUUGAAUCAAUACUGACAUGCUUACGGAAGGAAAUGGCCCAAGUUCACAACCGUCGUCUGGCACAGCCUCCGGAAGGGGAUAUGUAUUAG